AUGUCUCUGUCAAAAAAGAGAAAAGUGGACACAGAGUGCAGAGUUUUCCAAGAAAAAUGGUCAUCAUUCUAUUUAUUCACAGAAGAGAAUGGGAAACCUGUGUGUUUGGUAUGUUCACAGCAGGUUUCAGUGCUGAAAGAAUAUAACCUUCGACGCCACUAUGAGACUCUUCAUGCCGAAAAAUACAAAAACUUGCAAGGACAGCAGAGACUAGAGAAGGUAAAUGAACUUUUAACGGCUCUGAAGAAGCAGCAGUCUGUGUUUUCUCGUAGCCGAGAAAUAAAUGAUGCUGCAGUGAAAGCCAGCUACCUUAUUGCUAAUGAAAUUGCAUUGGCUUCAAAACCAUUUAGUGAGGGUGAAUUUGUGAAGACAUGCAUGCUGAAGGCUGCAGAGACUGUGUGCCCUGAUAAGCGUCAGGCUUUUGAAAAUAUCAGCCUGACAAGAAACACAGUUGCAGACAGGAUUUCUGAUCUUGCGGAGGAUUUGGACAGCCAAUUGAAGCGCAAAGUAAAGUCAUUUAUUGUGUUUUCAGUUGCAAUCGAUGAAAGCAAGGACAUUACAGAUGUUGCGCAACUGGCGAUAUUCAUCCGCGGAGUUGAUGACACUUUGACCAUCACCGAGGAGUUCGUGGAGUUGGUGCCAAUGACGGACACCACAACAGCAGCUGAUAUUUUCACCGCCCUCGUCGGAGCGCUGGACAGGGCUGGAGUGGACUGGUCUCGCACUGUCAGCCUGGCUACAGAUGGUGCACCUUCAAUGACCGGGAGAAAAGUAGGUGUUGGGACAAAAUUCAGAGAGAAGGUGCAGGCUGCAAAUGGAGGACAUGAUUUUUGGACUUUUCAUUGUAUUUUGCAUCAGGAGGCAUUGUGUUGCAAGUCAUUGAAGAUGAAUAAUGUCAUGGAGUUGGUCGUCCGAACUGUAAAUUUCAUCCGAUCCAGAGGCCUGAAUCAUCGUCACUUUGACAGCCUUCUCAGAGAGAAAGACCACAACUAUGGCCUGCCAUACCACACCGAGAUAAGAUGGUUAAGUCAAGAUGCUGUGCUGAGGCGCUUCUUUGAUUUAAGAGGGGAAAUCAAAUAG